UUUAUACUUUGUAGUUUGCACUCUUAGUUAAAUUCAACAUGGCGGAUUUAUAGGGCACGCAUGAGAAAAAGUGGAAAGAGGGGGGGGUAAUGGGGGAGGGGGGGUACCAAUCCUGAAGCACGAAAAAUAAUAUGCAGCGAUCUUGAAGCAUGAAAAAUAAAAGAAGGAAGUCCUGAAGCACGUAAAAGAAAUUUAUUACGAAUCUGAAAUGUAAAGUGAACAUGAAAUGUAAGCAACAAUCAUACUUAGAAGUCUUAAAAGUGAAUAUAAACAGUCUGUACUAGGCGGUGUGUUCGCCUAUUUGUUUACAAUUGCGUCGAUGUUCAUGAUUUAUAUAAACUUUGAAACCUCCGUUCCUCAAUCAAAACAUAGCUAAAAUCCAGAAACAAAAUUAAUGGAAUAUAUUGUCCAGAAACGAGAAAUAACCGUCUUUAAAUACAGCUGAAAACGGAGAACGGAUAUUGAAUACACCGCAAGCACGAUACACGGCAUCCAUGUCGGGAUCGAAAAACGUUUAAUAAAAAGAGGACUGAACGAAGAACGAAUAAUUAAAUUACCCCAAUACGCAGCACGAAAAUACCCCAUUACCCCCCUCUGGAGACAUGUACGCAUUCUAUAUCCGUAUUAUUUCUAUGAGACAACUCCACCUAUGCGCUGAAUUAUGUCUCACCAUAAAUUUUGAACCUUUUCACUGAGGGUGUUUUAAAUUGUUUUUUAUAAUGCCAUAAUUGACCUUAUAAAACCAAUCGAAAACCUGUGAUAUGUUCAGCAGUUCAGGGACGCCGGAACUUUGCGGGGGCUUGCAUUUUGAUAGGAGAGACAAGGGGGCAGAAGUGCCCUUUGAGUUAUAAAGUACUAUACCUGAUAAAUCACGUUCCCAGUGAUGCUUUUUGCAUGGGCAAAAUCAUGAAGUGUGAUCUUGAAUGUGACCUGAUUAAGUACAUUUGUUUUCAUUGGCAAAUCAACACAUUAUUGUAGGUUUAUAUCUUCACCGGGGUCUACAGAAGUGCCCUUUGGUGUGCGUUUGCCCCCCUUGCCUUUUUAUCGUUCCGGCGUCCCUGGAUAUGUUGAACUAGAAUAAAAAAUCCAAUGGAAAAUCUUGUGGAAAAAUUGGAAAAAUCUCUUUGUGCCUCCCAGUGACUGUAUAUACUGAACUAUGUUUGAUAGUUGACAUAGUUCAGUGGUGCUUCCUGGUUUCUUGAGAAAUUUCAAUGUUCGCGUAUUAAACUAUGAGACUGGGACGAGAUGUUUGCAAAAUGCAAUAUGGCGACUGCAAUUUUGUAUUUGCGAAAAUGUCCUAGCAUUUUAUCAGGUAUGUUUGAAGAAAUUUAAGCAUUAUUUAUCUGUAUUUAGUGCUAAUAUGAUAAAGUAUUUAUAUGUGCUUGUAUGUGCCUAUUUGAUACUUCCUACAAUGUAAUUGUGUUUCCAAAAUAAUGGCAUUUGAAUAUUGUACAAAGUAUGUGAAAUUUUAGUAUAAAUAUUGUACAUAUAUAAUUUGUCGAAGUGGUUUGUUGUGUGGGAUUUUAUAUUGCGUAUAAAAUCUUUAUUCCUAUCAAUUUUAGCGAAGUCUGUCCAGAAAUCAGCUGGGGUGUGCUCAGUUUUCUUUCAAACCAAGGUGGGUUUAUAUUUUAAUUUUGCACUCAAAUACUCAAUUUCUCAGACUGCAUUCCAUGUUCUCUAUGCCAUGGCUCUGGUGUGAGUUAUGAAAUGUUUUGGUGUAUUUGUGUGAGAUCACUCAAAAACAAAUUAUUUGCGCUGCCUAGAAAAUAUAUUUCUCUUCUUGGCAGCACAAUGUAAAAUAAAAAUUUUGAAGUGACCCAGUCUGCCAUAGUGGAAAGUACGCUUUGGCUGCCGCAGGAGACUGCCGCAGUUGACAAGAACACAAUUCCAUCCUGCUGCAAUGCCAAAAAUACAACGCUGCCGCAGGUAAAAAUUCAAGACUACACGCAAUACCGCUGAUCACUAAACAGUAAACAUUGAAGCCUUCACUCUUAAAAAAGAUGUGCUCAGUAAAAUCAUCACAGCUUUUUUGUCGAAUAAUGAAUACAUCUUAAGAUGUGUUGAUACAACACACCACUGACGUGUCACCCAAAUUGUGCUGCAGGUAUUUUCUAAACUUUUUCUGCCGCAGAAUUCUGCCGCACUAUCAAUUUUACAGUUUUUCUGCCGCACAGUUUUGCCGCAUCAGCAGUUUUUGACCUUUGCCUGCCGCGGGAGAUCUCCCGUUAAAGUGCCCAACUUUCCACUAUGGCCAGUCUGGAAAGUUUGCAACGCGCAGUUGGGAUCUCGGAUGCGCAGUUGGAAAUUUACACUUUACCGUACCAGAAUAACCCACUGAAUACAUAUCCCAUCAAAACAUGCGAUAAAAGAACUGGAAAACUUGCCAUCAGAACACACUCCAUCAAAUACUUGCGGUAUACAGGUACAGUGAACUAUAAAGUACCCGUGCAGUUUUGAUGUUCCCAAUGUAUUUAAUAUUAAAUUAUGGCACUCUCUGACGUGCAAUUUCCAAACUUUCCAGUGUGGGAAGUGACUAUAUGUACAGCUGGAUAUUUAGUGACUAUAGUUAUUAAAGUUUAAUUUUUAUAAGAUAAACCGAUCCAAACCCUUCUCUAACCCUAACCCUAACCUUUUGUGAAUUAGAAAAGGUAGAAGUUUAAAAAAAUUAAGAAAAAAUAUAUAUAUUUGUUAUUAGUAUGGCAAUUAGCUUGGUAAAAGCUAGUAUAAACAAAAGUUAUUAUAUUUAACUAUAGUCAUUAUAUAGCCAGCAGUUUACUAAAUAGCCGGUUGUAUAGUCACUUUGUAAGAAUUCCUGUGUAAGUCAAAUUUAAAACACCCAGGAGCUGUGCAGUUCCAGAAAUCUUCUCGGCUGUGGGCUUUUGGGAGUGAUUAGAACCUUGUUUUAGUGUUGGUUGCAAUAAUGCACCCUUUCGGUAAUUGCUUUACAACUAUACUGUUUUCAACUUAGGACCAUCUUAAAUGGAAAGGAUUUCAAGGUUUUUUUCUCAUAUGGAGAAGCCGAACAUCCUUCUUCAACACAGGCGUGGAAAAGAAAUUGGACUUUGAUCAAUAAAUAUGGAAAUAAGCAUUAACACGAAAACAAGGCUUGUUUCUUUGUGCAUAGCCCAUAAGAAAAAAACAAACUUGAAAUCCUUUCCAUUUAAGAUGGUCCUAAGUUGAAAACAGUGUAGUUGUGACGUAAUUAUCGUAAGGGUGUAUUUCAAAAGCAGGACAAUUCAAGUCAUUUGCUCAAUAAAUUGUAUAUAUGACAUGAAAAUAAACAACUUAUAAGUAGUUAAGUGGAACAAAGUCAUCUCCAUUGAUAUAUGGGAUAGACUUGUGAAAUAAAUAUAUGGCGUAAAAAACAAAUACCUGUGGUUCCGCGGUUUCAUAUCGUGAAAAAUUAGGGUCAGUAGGUCGGAAAAAAAAAUUUUUUGAAUAUUUUUUUAAUGGUUUUGGCGGUUUUUUGCUGGACAAUUUGCGGUAGAGUCCCAACAUCAAUAUUAACUAGAGAUGCGUAUUUCCUAUGGACGAAUUUAGACAAUUUGUUUCAAUAGUUAGUGUGACAACAGACGCCAUUUUGGCACGCUGUAUGAGCAGCCCACAGUACUACCUGGAGAAAAUAGGGUCGCACAGUCAAUCGCGUUGAAAAAAUAAUAGGGUCGGUAGAAAAAAAAAUAGGGUCGGUCGGGAACCGCAACCACAGGACCGGUAUUUUUUUUACGCCUAUUCCAAAUAAAGUGAUGAAAGAAGACAUGUCCUUGUUUGUGCAGACAUUUUGUUAUUUUUCUGACACAAAGCAGUGACACGUCAGGAACCAAAACUACUGGAUCUUUUUUGCAUGCCCGCUGCUGACUUUUGGUUGCUAAAAAAGAAAUGUAUACCGACCAAAUCUUUCGGUUAACGCACAGCUCUAGAUUUCAGAGAACAUAUGGUGCUGCACAGUACAUGCGAUAAGCUUCAAUCUUGGAGCAAGACAAUCUCAGCUUGCAAAAUACUUUUGGAAUUUUCAAAAAAUAAGAAAAUUAUAUUAGCAUUCCUGUAUACAAGAUGACAAAAAUGUGUAAAAAAGAUAUUUUGUUAAAAAUUUCCUGUCAGCAGCACACUGCUGCAGGUGCUGCCAGCCAUUUUUCAGCACUGGAUUAGUGUUUCUUAGCUUGUGCUUAGGGAAGGACCAAAUAUAUGUUUCUGCAAAAAGAUGUGAUAUGAAAUUAAAAGAACCCUGCCACGCUACCGACUUGGCGGAUAAUUUUUCAGAUCAGUUUCCUAAGAACACUGUUAGCCCACAUGCUUGUGGGAAGUUUGCUUUCAAAAAGAAUGUCGUGGUCAAGUUUAUAAUAAAAGGGUUUGUUCUGAGGGAUUUGCGAAGGGCCUUCGCUCGAAACGUCGAGUUUCUGCUUGUUUUUUAAGGUAGUAAUAUAACCACUCAGCACAGUAAGAUUAUUAGCCUUGCAUAUUAAAACAAAAACAACCAAAACAACAACAUAGCUAUAACAAGUAAAUAAGACUAGAGCUGUAGAGAACCAUUUUUACGCUUAUAUAUGUAAGUCGCAAUUUAUUUUGUCUCAUAUAAAUGGCCCUGUUGUGCCCUGAAGAACCAUAUUUUAUUAUAAUUUUACUCUGUCUUAAUUAUGCCAGACAAUUUAACUCAUUGCUGUCCUCUAAAUUGUAUUGUUAAUGGUUAAAAUUACAUCGAAUGCCUAUAUGCAGUUUUGGCCAUGGCGCAACCUUAACUAAAAGUAGUCUUCACAAUUAUACACCAUUGCACCAGAACAAGAUCUGCAAGUGUGCUAUAACAAUGUUGUUUUUAUUUAACAGCAUUAUUCAACUUUUGAGCCAAAACAUGGUAAAGGCGGACGUUCAUCAUUUAGUGGUGUGGUAGCAACUGUUUUUGGAGCAACUGGAUUUCUGGGAAGAUAUGUCGUCAAUAGAUUGGGUGAGUUUAUAAUCAUUAUCAUAUUGUCAUUACCUGCCGCCAGGUUAUGUUUCCAUCCACGUUUGUUUGAUAACUUAAAAUAACCAAGCUGUAUAGUGAAUGAGCGAGUGAGCUUAGUGCAACCAAAUUAACAAGUGGGAAAAUUCAGUACGAAACACUACCCAUGAACAAAUUUGUACAGCUAGAUACUGUAAGUCAUAACAAAAGGUGAAAAAUUCUAGCCGUGAGUGAAUUGACUAGGUCGUUGUGUCAUUGGACUGGGUGAAUCCUUUUUUCUCACGUCUGAGAAGGUUCUUUCCCUCUCCUGAUGCCAUUGUGCCAUUAAGUAUACGAAGUGGCUAUAUCUACGGGCCCGUAAACAGACUUCGCCAGGCUAUAUUUACGGCACUCUCGUUCUUAGUCUCCAUACGGCCUGUAUUUAUAGUUAAAGUCAAAUUAAAACAAAAAUAACCCUAACCCCAAUCCUUCCCCUAACCCUAACCUCUAACCCUAACCCCUGAAAAAAUUAAAACUAGUCAGAAAAAAAAGUUAAACAUGUUUUGUUAAGGCGAACAAAAAUCCAUCACAAACUCGGAUUCGAACCCGCGGACUACAACACAGCAGCCAUUUGCCUAACCUUCUGAGCUAUUUUCGAGCUCGCUGAAAUCCUUUGUAAGCAAUACGCUUUAAGUCUUGAUUCCACGAGCGCUUUUUGUCAGCAAAAUGCGAAAUAUUUCGCCUGUUUCUUUUGAAUUGUGAGCAAUCAAGUAGAAAUAAUUUAUUCGAGUGGUCGCAAUUCAAAAGAAACACGCGAAAUAUUACGCAUUUCGCCGACGAAAAGCGCUCGUGAAUCAGGCCUUUAUAGUGCCGGUUCGGUACAUAGGGUGCCGUAAAUAUAGCCUGGCGAAGUCUGUUUACGUACCCGUAGAUAUAGCCACUUUUUUAAGUAUAUCUAUUCGCAAACUUAGUAUCUAUAUACUAGAAGUUACUAUCGCAAGGUAAAUUGCUGCCUCGGGCUGGUUACCGCUGAGUUGCUUGUGUUUAGGAGACUCGACCACUGAACUGUAUAUACAUGGAAAGCUGAUAAUUUACGCAGUCAAAAAAUGUAGUCAAAAAUAGCUAGAUUUUAUUGGCUGGUCAGCACAUUUACCCCAUGUUUGGCUGGUCAGCACAUUUACCCCAUGUUUGGCUGGUCAGCACAUUUACCACAUAUCCCUGAAACGCUAUAAAUGUGUUUCUUAUUUUGUUCUUGUUGAUAUCGAGUAGUUUCAGACCAAAUCUUUUUUAGUUUCUUGGCAACCUUACACUCUUAACUCGUAUAUGAACAGGUUUUGGCAUGUUAUAAACCCACUUUGGCAAACAGAACUAAUACGACAGCUAGCCAGGCUCAUGUAAAAAGUACAAGAAAUCUAAAGUAUCCAUAAUAUCAUCUUUUACGACAUUAGAGAGGGUCAGAUUUGACUUCUACUAUACAUUUCACUGGCUUAGUACCAGGCCUUAAAAAAUCUUUUACAGGACCGUCUGACAAAAUGUCCGAUGACGUUGAGUUUGGGUCGGACAUAUGUCCGAUGACCUUCGGUUCAGUUUUGACUCGGAAAUAAGUCUGAAUGACACAAAUAAAUAUCAGCACAAUGUUUUAAUUCUGAACGGUAAGUGUUGUGAAGAUAUUAAAUUAUUUGUUUCUUCCAUACUUGUUCCCAAGCCAAAAUUAACUUGCUUUCCGGAAUAGCAGAAUAACAACUUAAGCCAGUUUUCCACUUCACCAUGUCGCUCGCCGCCCAGCGCUCGACUACGUUAAAACGACAUUUCCAGUUUACCUUUUACACAAUUACUCUGAUUUUCCAUUUAACAUACAAGCCUUUAGUCCUAGGCUAGGGUACAUUUUGAUUUACGUUGGACAAAGCUAAAGUUUGGUCGGACAACAAUUCACUCGGGUCGGACAAACAAUAAACCUCAGUUUCACUUAGGUUGGACAGAAUGUCCGCUGGUUUCCUCUCUACGUCGGACAAUUUCACGAAUGGGUCGGACAAUGGCCUGUUAGUACGCGUCUGAUUGGUUAAUCCGAUAGAUCAAACGCAUCGGAUUGGUCAUUAGUCCAUUAAUGGUAGCGGUAGUGCAUCCCUGGGUCGGGUUGUGCGAAACAUGCAUGUUGAUUGGUAUAACCCAGAUUAAACUUUAGCGUUUAUAAAUUUUUUAUUUUUAGUGUGAAGUUUCUUCGAAAGUUUCUUCGAAGUUUCUUCUUUGUGAUGACUUGGGGAUUCAAACGAAACAGUCAGUCAUUCAGUCAUACAGUAAACUUUCCGGGGGGUGUAUACGGUAUAUGUUCGUAAUGAUUUAUCGUGCUUAGUCUGUGCUUUGAAGGUUAUUUUAGGCAAUUUCAGUUGUCUUAUUUAAAUAUUCUUUAGGCCUUUUGCCAAGUUUUGCCAAGUUUUGCCAAGUUUACAAAAAAUUCGAGGAAUUGUUGUCGUUAUUGUAAAUUUUAUAACAUGCGCUUCUCAUGUUGUGUAAAGGAUCUUUACCCCGGAACACCCGAUUUUUUCUUUAGCAGCGCAAAUGCGCAUGCGCUAUCAAGCCGUAGAUCACGAUGGCGUGACGAUGCUAGGAAGGAGCGAGACAGUGUUGUUUUAAAAUGUAUAAACAUUUCAGACGUGAAUAUUGAGUAAAUCUUCGAGAAUCUAUACGCAAUGUAUAAAUUGAUGUUAUGCAUUCAAUUAAGUGCCGAUAUUAUUUAGACGGUAUAUUCAUUUUACAGAGCUAGCAAGGAGCUAGGACAGUGCUUUUUUUCCAAGUGUAUACGUGUACUGUAUAUUAAACAUUUCAGACGUAAAUAUUGAGUCGAAAAUCUUUGAGAUUCUAGGCAUUCAAAUGAGUGCCGAUAUUAUUUUCACGGUAUACCGGUACAUUAUUCAGAGGUAGGAAAGAGCGAGAGAGUGUUGUUUUCAAAUAUAUAAACAUUCUACGCAAUAUAUAAAUUGAUGACGUUAUGCAUUACCGGCGCCCAAUUAUAAAGUGCCAGAAGAUAAAUAGUUUUAGGCCGUGUAUUCAUUAUACAUUGGCCACAUUGGCUGUAUAAGGUGCUACACCACAGAAUAGCUGGCUACACUCAGUACAAAGAGCGAAAAAUUGCAUCAGACAAAGCGUAAACAACUAUUAAACAGAAGCAGGUGUUUGUAUGGCGUUUACGAAGAAAAUAACUUGUGAUCGAGACUAAAAGAAAUCAGUUGAGUCUGCAGAGCUCUUUAUUUAAACAAGAAAGAUGAGGAGUUAUAGCCAACGUGUUAUCGCUAAUCGCUUGGCUUGCCAACAAGCUUUAUGCAAUAGAAGAAAAAAGCAAGGAGGUAGCCAAAGUGCUCUGGCCAACGUGUGCCGUCACGGACUUACUUUGUUUAGGGGCCGUCGACAAAUAGAUUUCGUCCCGCAUCGCGGACUUGGGCCGCGAUUGUUUGAACCCCCUCCCCCCCCCCCCUACCUCAUCGCGGACAAGUAAAAAACCCAAAGAGAAUCGAAAUUAUGGUCCAAAACAGUGCUGGAAAAUUUCCGGCAGCGCCAGCAGCACCUCUGCCAGGAAAUGUUUAACAAAAUAUCUUCGCAGGAAAUUUUCUUGCACCUUGCAGGAAUUUUUUGUCAUCUUAUAUACAGGACGCCAUAUAAUUUACUUAUUGUUUAAAAAUUCCAAAUUAAGCAUUUUGCAAGUCGAGGUGUGCGCCAUCAUAGUCCACACGUUCUCUGAAAUCUACAUAGGAACGACGUUUUAUAGUUGACUUACACAGGAAAUUUUAAUUUUUGAAUUUUGCUGCCAGGAAGAUAAAUAUAUUUUCUAGGCCUGGUCCAAAAUAUUAUCCGAAAUAUGACUAAAUACACUAUGUAAUGCUGACUUUUAACAUUACAAUCAGCUUGUAAUAAAUAAAAACUAGUUUCCGUAUUGUUUAGCAGUUGUAAGCAACAUAAAAUUUAAAUAAAUACCCGAUUUGUUGUUCACAAAUGCAAUAUUUAUAUCCCCGAUUGAACGAAAGAAAGGUUGUGUCGAACUGCGAACUUAGUCAGAAAAGUCAACACAAAAUAUUCGGCCGCGAUCAGUUAUUCCAGCGGCAACACAAAUCAAAUCGGAAUUAACCGUAAUGGGUUCGGGCCGGUUCGGGCAUAGGUUAUGUACUUCGAAAAGUAAAUAUCAAACGAAGUAUUGUUAUUGAGCUGUGUCCGCUUUUUGCCUACGAACUUUUUGUGAGUAUAUUAUUUAAAAUGUACUACAUUUUCUUCUGAUCUUCGUAUUAUAUUUCUAAAGUCAGUUUUCGUCCCAAAUAUUUUGUAAUCGCGGAUUCAAAGCUUUAUCGCUGCUGAUGAGAGAUUAAGAGAUGAGAGAGAGAGUUUUUAAUUGACCCAUCAAAUUGUUGUCAUGUAGCUAUACACGUAACAAAAUGAUCGACUUUUUAAAAUCAGUCUGUUCAAUUUCUUACACGGUGGCCGGAAUUUUAAACAAAAGCUUGCCAAUUUCUUAUAUGCAGUGUAAGAAACUGUAUAUGGAAGAUUCGUUAUAUAUAUUUUAUACCCCAUUGGCCCUGCUUUCGCAUAAUAUUAAGAUUAACUCUUUUCCGUGUUAAGACGCAAGUUUUUUCAAUGUCGCUUAUUUGCGAUGAAAAGUGUUCAAAACCAAAAAUCGUUUGUGCGUUCUUCUCAAAAUUGCUUUGUGUUAGCUUAAUGUUGUGCUUUACUCAGUUAGCAACCUUUUUAAAUGUAUUUGGCAGUUGCUAAACACAAAAUAAUAGUUGUCAAUUUAAAUACAAUUAUCAUUAUGAUGCUGUGACGCCAUAUUUAUACAGCAAUAUAUAUUAAGCAAAACGUACUGAGUUUCAGAGAUCGUUUUUUCUUUGGCGUACCAUCUAAAAUCUCUUCAUUUUAGCAUAAUUUCAAGUCUUAAAAUAUCGGUCACGGACAUUGUCCGACCCAUUCGUGAAAUUGUCCGACGUAGAGAGGAAACCACCGGACAUUCUGUCCGACCAAAGUGAAACUGAAGUUUAUUGUUUGUCCGACCCGAGUAUAUUGGUGUCCGACCGAACGGUAGCUUUGUCCAACGUAAAUCGAAGUGUACCCUAGUCCAGGACUAGAGGCUCAACUAUGUUAAAUGGAAAAUGUCAAGUGGGAAACGGGCUUAUUGCUUCAGUUGACAAUGAAAGUCGUACUGCUGUUUUUGGCAAGCAAGUUAAUUUGGCUUGGACAUAGGUAUGAAUGACGCAAAUUAUUUAAUAUUUUCACAACAUUUACAGUUCAGAAUUAAUACACUGUGCUGAUAUUAAUUUGUGUCAUUCAGAAUUAUUUCCGAGCCAAACUAAACUGAAGGUCAUCGGACAUCAUAAUACACAUGUCCGACCCAAACUCACAGUCAUCGGACAUUUUGUCAGAUGGGCCUGUAAAAUAUAAGGCCUGUAAUUUUACAGAUAAAGCACUGUUCAUACUUUUUAAGUUUGUUUGCCGCUUGAAAUUUUAAAAAUUGAAUAUAUAUUUUUAUAACCAUGCAAGUGAAAAGUAAUUUCAUUAGUUCUGAGCGGAUGUUAUACGUAACAUACAAAAGAUUCUCCUCUUAAUGGCUAUAUUUGAUGUUUAGGUCGUGUCGGCAGUCAAGUUGUCAUCCCAUAUAGAGGAAAUGAAUAUGAUUGUAAUCAACUGAAAGUCAUGGGUGAUCUUGGGCAGAUGCUGUUCUUUG